AUGAGUGAAGAGAACUGUACCACUGUGACAGAGUUUGUUCUUCUUGGAUUAUCAGAUGCCCCUGAGCUGAGAGCCUUUCUCUUCCUUCUGUUCCUUCUCAUAUAUGGAGUCACAGUUUUGGCCAAUGUGGGCAUGAUUGCACUGAUUCGGUUCAGCUCUCAACUUCACACCCCCAUGUACUUUUUCCUCAGCCACUUGUCCUUUGUGGAUUUUUGCUACUCCACAGUCAUCAUGCCAAAGAUGCUGUCCAAUAUCUUAAACAAGGAAAAAGUAAUCUCCUUCCUGGGAUGCAUGGUGCAGUUCUACUUCUUCUGUAUGUGUGCAGUCACUGAGGUCUUCCUGCUCGCUGUCAUGGCUUAUGACCGCUUCUUGGCCAUCUGUAACCCUCUGUUGUACACGAUUACCACGUCCCAGAAGUUUUGUAUGUUUCUAGUUUCCGGCUGUUAUCUCUAUGGAAUUGUGUGUUCUCUGGUUCAUUUGUGUUUAGCUCUCGAAAUCCCAUCCUAUAGGUCAAAUGUAGUUGACCAUUUCUUUUGUGAUUUGCCCCCUCUUUUAACACUUGCUUGCUAUGACAUCUCUAUUAAUGAACUCGUGGUGUUUAUUGUGACCACUUUCAAUGAGAUCUUUACCAUUAUGAUCAUCUUCACCUCCUACUUGUUUAUUCUCAUCACCGUCCUGAAGAUGCACUCUGCAGAGGGAAGGUGUAAAGCCUUUUCCACCUGUGCCUCCCACCUCGCAGCCAUUGUUGUCUUCCAUGGAACAAUCCUUUUCAUUUAUUGCCGGCCCAGUUCUGGCAACAGUAUGGAUACUGACAAAGCAGCCACGGUAUUUUACACUGUAGUGAUUCCCAUGCUGAAUCCCCUGAUCUACAGCCUGAGGAACAAGGAUGUGAAGGAAGCUGUCAAGAAAGUGUUGGGAUCCAAAUUGCCUUUUGAAAAGCUAUUUUCUUAG